AAGAGUCAGAGCGUGUACCAGCAGGAUGACCCUUUCCAUCUGGGUCCCCGUAGGCUACAUUGGCGCCCUCGUCCUCUCCCUCUCCCUCUUCUCCUCGGUGUAUCGAAAGCGCUCUGCCCGCAACGCCGCCAAGGGGUCCGAGGAACCAUGGCACCCAGAGGGACAUCCUGAGCGAGACGUGUAUCAGAGUCUCAUCGCCGCUUCCACUUCGGGAGUAGAGCUGCCAGAUCACCUUCUCAAGGCUGCUUUGCUCAACAGAGCCAUGACGGAUGUGAAGCGCAUCAUUCAGAUGAGAGACGACAAGCAGGCUCUCGCCGUGCUCCUCCAAAAGGGCAGCGUGGGGGAUGCCACAAUGACCAGAUUCGCCCUCGCAGAAAAGGAGCUAGAGGCAGAGAUCCUCGAUGUAGUCAGUGAAGCCAAUACUUUCAGGGAAGGAUGGGGCCAGCUCAUCUUCCCUACUGCAUCGGAAAUGGUCACACACAAGAAGCACAAGGAAGCCUACUACUCGAUUCCCGAGGAGAGGAACAAGCAGAUUGCGUUACUCAAAGCACAGAACAAGCCUAUUCCGAAACCAACCAUCGAACUGCCCCCAUUGUUUACACCGCCAGGGACACAGGUGAAAGUGCAUGCACAACAGCCACCACAGGGACAGGGACAAGGUCCUCCAGGAGCAGUAGGACCGGCAGGGGUACCUCUCCCCCCAGGCAUGUCGCCUGCUCAAAUGCAGCAGAUCAUUCAAGCGCAGAGGGCCGCCAGGAGUCAACAAUUGGGUCAAGCACCACCAGGGCAAGGGAACGCUGCAGCUGCUGUAGGGCCUCAACCCCAUGGUCCACCACGGCCGCCUACUGGACCUGCUGCUGAAAAGACGAAUGGAGGAAUGUCGACUCCGCCCGUGGUAAAGUCGGGAGAGGGAGACGCAACAGGUACACCAGCGGCGACAGCGACAAUAGCAACAGCAAGCGCUCCACCCCUCACACCUUCAUCAAAGGGCAACAGUAACAGUACCACUAACGGCUCUGCUACUGCUCCUUCAACUCCAGCAGCAGGAGAAGACUCAACAGCAGCCAUCGGCUCAGAGUCUUUUGACUCGACGCUGGACGACGAUGAUGAUGAUGACGAGGGUGGUGAUUCGGGAGAAGAGGGUUCAGCGCCUGCAGGUACGGCUAGUCCGGGCGGAGGCGGAGGAGGAGGAGGAGGAGCCAAUCGGGCCCAGAGGCGGCAGAAUAAGAAGAAGCAAAAGAAGGGUGGGAAAAAGUGAGCAAGCCACAGGCACGGUAGAGAUGCGGACGGGCAGGGGUGGAUGUUUGAAAGUGGAUAGGGGUUAGAGAAAGAGAUGAUUCAGCCAGGCAGAGCUGAAGUGGAAUGAAGUCACAGGUCAGGAAGAGGCAAUCCUGCCAGCUUUCUGUUACCUCCUCGCACUAGCAUGUCUCUCUCUCUCUCUCCUUACUCUCCUCCUGUAACCCCACCCCCUCCCCUUCCUCAUGAACCUUUCUCCUUCUGCAUCCUCCCACACCCCAAACUCACAAAAUUUCAUACAUUUUCACUUUCAGUCCAUUGCAAAAGUUCUUCUUCUUCUUCUUCGAUGAUCACUUCCAUUUCCACUUCAUUAGCAACUCACCCCC